UCUUCUGUCAAAAUAUGUCAAAAGGGCCGUCAAUAUUUUUUUUACGCCUCGCAAAAAAAUGACAGGUCACAGAUGUUUUUUCUGAAUGCUGAUUGACAGAUAAUACAAAGAGUAAUUUAAAACUGAUGUUGGAAUUAUUAUAUAGAGUUGCGAAUGUGAAAUAUUAAUUUUUAUUCUAACCUGAGAGAUUUAUACAACAGCAAAAUGUUGAAGCCAAAAGCUUUGAUGCAAGUUUUAAGUCAAGCUAAUACUGGUGGUGUUGAAAAUACUUUAUUACUCAGCAGAGAUGGUGGUCUUUUGGCUUAUAGUGGGUAUGGUGAUAAGGACGCUAGAGUAACCGCUGCCAUAACGAGUAAUAUUUGGUCUGCGUACGAGAAAAAUGGACGGAAUGCUUUUAAAGAAGACGAAUUACAGUUUGUCUUGAUGGAUUGUCAGGAAGGGAAAGUUGUUAUAACAGAAGUUGCAAAUUUAUUACUUUGUCUUUAUGCGAGAGAAAACGUCGGGUUUGGGCUGUUAAGAGAAAAAGCUCAAGCUCUUGCUAAAUAUCUUGAUCAACCACUUAAAACUAUAGCUAGUAUGCCAUAACUAUAUCAAUUAAUAAUAAUAACAAUAAUGA